AUGAAACACCUGGCGAAUGCGGCAACUGUACUCGAUUACGACUGGUCUGUUCCGGCUACACAACACCGCUGGGGCCUCAAGCAACCGGGGGUGAAAUAUACCAAGGAGAUUCCACGAGAGGAAAAAGGACGUAUCGCUCCUGCACAGCAUGUCGAGUUUCGAAGACCAAAUGCUCGGGUGAGCGACCAUGCCAACGAUGCCGUUGGAAACGUUCAAACGAAUGCGUAUACGGCGAGUCUACACAGCCCACUUGGGCCUGAAUCGUCUUUCAGCCAGACACCGUCUAUCCAGGACGGCCCGCCUAGCUCAAUGCGGACGUCGCCUAUGUCACAGGCUUUUCCCCUGGUGGAAGCCGGGAGUUCAUCAUCCCCACUUGACUGGUUGGCUACCAAUUACCUUCCCAACCCAUCGAGAAUCGCGAUGCUAGUCGAAGAGUAUUUUAACAACAUCCACCCUCUACGUGCCUUUGCUUUUAUCCACAAACCUUCGUUCCUACAACGAUUGGAUGGAGAGACUUCAAAGGAAUACCACAAUCAUGCCCUUUUACAUGUUAUAUGUGCACUGGGAGCCCACGAGACAACAACUUCGCUUGAGCCGAAAUUUGUCCUUCUUGCGGGUACCCAAUGGGCUAAAAUUGCCCAACGACUCAUUCUUGAGACCAUAGAUCGUGUCACUAUUGAAAGUCUAAUGGCGGCCGUUCUACUUCACGAUUAUGCGGUUCGAUUAGGGAACUUCGCAAACGCGUUCAUGCUGAGCGGACUCACUACUCGCAUGACCCAAGCGCUACAGAUCAAUCUUGAAUACAACACCGACAUACUCUGCCAAGAUACCGAGAACGGUCUUCCAGUCACGGCAAAGGAAUCUCGUCGGCGGUUGAUGUGGAGCUGCUAUAUAAUGGAUGCGCUUGUUGGCAGCGGAGUAGACCAGCUGACACUGAUGGAUGAAAGAGAUAUAAAGAUUCAACUUCCCUGCAACGAGCGCAACUUCACUCAGAAUGUCCCCUGCAUCACAGAAACUUUAUAUCCUGGAAGUUGGCUCAAGAUCCUGCCAGAAGAUUCAGAUACAAAGACCCUGUUGCCCAACAUGGGUAUAAUGGCGUAUUUCAUUCGACAUAUCUCAAUCCGCAAAAGAGUUUUGAGAUAUAUCAAGCAUUUGGGAGACGCUAUGGUCCCGUGGGACCCCGCGUCAGAAUUUUCACUUUUAGAUUCAGAUUGCCGGGCGUGGUAUGAGUCUCUACCGGCAAGUCUACAAUUCACCCCCGAUGCAAUGUACAUCCGCAAAGAUACUUCGCAAUUAGGCGCGCUGUGUUUGCUCCAUUGUGCGCAUUAUCAAACAGUCUGCGACCUAUAUCGCUUAGGGGCCCCUGCGCUUUACAAACUCCGAGCGGCUUUCGACUUCCCUCCUGAACAGCGGGACUUCCUUCGGCAUCUGCAACAAGUUCUCUUCGAUGCAGCUCGAGCUUUAGCAACUAUCAUUGGCCAGGCGGCUGGUCAUGGUCCUCGAAUGUUGGCAGACUCCUGGCUUCCCACCAUCGCGUAUGACAGCUGCCGGAUCAUGGUAUAUCAUUUGACUCAGAUUCUAGAUCCGCGUUCAGAUAAUGCAAAGGCUCUUGCACUAGCUACCAUUCCCCUCCUUCGCAGUAACAUCAACGCACUGAAGUUAAUGGGAUCACUCAAUGCAAUCGCCAGCUCACUGUCCUCCGCAGCGGAGACAAUGCUUGAUCGUUCUGGUAUUGAGUCCGAGUUGGUCUCCCAGAACAUCAUACCCGAUGACCCAUAUCAAUCAACUGAGGAGGAAGACACGAGUGACAACCUUCGAGAAACUCCAGUUCAAAGCGCGCCGGACUACGUGCUCAACCCGUUGACGAUUUACCGAAUGGCACGCAAAUCUAUACCGGAGCGACAUGCCCCCGAAAGGGCAGGCACUACGUCGGCACUUAGAGGUAACAAUGCAGGGGAUAUUGAUUAUCCCCCUUGUGAAGUUGAUAGCGGCUCCGGGGUAGAAAGUGGUCAAGCUGAGUUAGAGGUUGAUCAGUCGAGCCUUGAGGAGCUGCAAACUUUGUUCAUGUCUGAUCUUGGAUGGGCAUGGCAGCCCGCAGAUACGGCCGUUGGAUCAGGAACAGAGGGAGCUGGACUAUUGCCAUGGGCAGGUGGAUAUCCCAUCACUCAAACACAGCCCUGGUUGCCUGUAUUUCCAUUCCCCCAGCAAAGCUGA